CAACCACGUUGAACGCUAUACGCUUCGCCUCGACAACGAUAGAAGUAAAAAAGCGGAAAACGAUCUUUUCAAAGGGUGAAAUUUUACGCGAAAUGUUGCCACCAUGUGAACGUGCCUCUGCAGUGGGAUAUUAACAGGACGAGAUAGCGAACGGCGCUUUUUAUCACCAGCAUCCACAAGGGUGGAGCAAAUCUGAGUAAACGUGUAGGGCGCAUCUUUCCGAGAAAAUGACAGUGAGGAAUUUUUCUGAAGUGCUGAGAAGUAGAUCGCAAAUGGAUGCAGAUUUGUCGGGACCAGCCAAUCCAAUACCUGAUCAAUCAAUCGAUUGCGGUUGCGGGCAGAUGCAGUGUCCAAAGUUGGCGAAAUAUGCAACGCGCGAACUCUUCAUGGGAUUGAUUUGUUGGAUCGGUGUGGUGCAAGCUGCAUCGCACUCGUAUUUCUAUGUAACAGGAUCCACAAUAGCUAGGAGAUUUCAAAUCGAUCCUUAUUUGAUGAAUUGGAUUCUUGUUGUGGCAGAGUUAACACCUUUCAUCUUUGGAUUAGCGGUGGCGUAUUGGGGCGACAGGAUACACAGAGCUGCAUGGAUAGGAGCUUUAAUACUUUUACAAAGUGUCUCAUACUUCAUUAUGAUAAUACCUCAUUUAACGCAUCGCACUCGUGUAAUUGAGGAGACGCCGAACGCUACUCACAUGUCAUUAUAUGCAGAUGACAGUCCAGAACUAUGCACUCGCGGAAUAUCCAAAAUCAUAGUGGAAGAAGGCGAGCCUUGCUACUCUACUAUGAUCGUCCUGAUUAUAGUGCUGAUCAUUUCUGGAAUAGGAAAUAUCGCAUACUAUGCUCUGGGAAUUUCUUAUUUGGAUGACAAUACCAAACAGAAACAUGUAACCGCGUUUAUGGGUAUAAUCAUUGCCGCAAAAAUCAUCGGGAUGCUCUUUGGAUUCUUCUUGGGCUGGGGAUGCCUUCGGAUAGACGCGGAAAAUUUCAAUUAUAUAGAUUCAUAUCAAGAUCAAAUCGGAGCGUGGUGGCUUGGAUUUCCAAUUCUUUCUGUCUUAUUGGUAGUACCUGGCUUGCUAUUCUCGUGGUUUCCUAGGAGACUGCCCUCAGAGGUUGUUGAACAAGCUGCAGCCUCGCUUCUCGAUGGCGUCACAGGCUUGUACAACCGAGCACCUCAUCGAAAAACCAAUUUGAAGGCUGGUAGCCCCGAUUUCUGGCCAUCACUCUGCAGGUUGAUGACUAACAAGGUUCUGAUGUGCAAUAUUUUGGCGACAGUACUCUGUGCUACGGCACUUGUGAACUUCAUGAUAUACGAGAACACAUUUUUGGAAUCCAGAUUUCAUAUGCCCAAGCCGACAGGAAUGCUUCUUGGAUUUAGCGAUCCCCUACCGUCCAGACUGGUCACUAAUAUCACGAGACCCCUUCUAGUUGGUCUGAUCAUAAUCAUCAGUGGUUUAGUGUUGGCCAAGAGCAAACCACGACCAAGAUUUAUUAUUGGAUAUAGCCUUAUCGUUGUCUCUUUGAUACUAGUGAUUAUCAUCUCACUAAUCUUCGUAAGUUGCGACAAACUGCCUAUCGUCGGUAUGGAGAAAGGCUCCAAUGGAUUAUUGAAAUAUUGCAACAAAGAUUGUCGUUGCUCAAAGGACGCCGAUUUCCGUCCAAUUUGCGAAAGCUCGGGUACAUUCACGUACUAUAAUCCUUGUUAUGCCGGCUGCACCACAAUUAUUUACGUUGACAACGUGAAGAUUUAUAGCGGUUGCAGCUGCGUGGAAGAGAUGAAAGGAUGGAGUAAUGACCAAGCAAAAGACGGCCCGUGUAAUUCAAUUAAAUGUCAGACCGGCUGGAUGAUUUUUGAGUUCGCGACUUCAUUGGUUUAUGCUCUAUUCGCUUCCACUUUUAUAGGAGAUCUGUUGAUCAAUAUAAGAUCCGUCUACAAACAAGACAAAGCUAUCAGCAUAGGUUUCUGGAUGAUGUGGAUCGCAAUUUUUGUCUAUGGUCCCGGCAGAAUUUUUUAUGAAUUGAUUUCACAUAAGACGUGUCAAUACUGGGGCAAUCAAAAAGCAAUAUGCCAUUUGCACAAUGGCCAAAAAUUCGGAGAGUACCUGUGCUAUUUGACAAUAACGUUCUUGUUGCUGUCUCUUCUGCUAAAGAUUGUCGUUUGGUUCUUCUGCAAAAAUUUACAGCUAUACAAGGAAGUCGAAGAUAAAGACCAAAAAGACGCAGUGAAAGAUGUGGAGCAAACAACGGCGACAGCCGAGCUAGAAGAAUUAAUGCCAGUUGAGAAUAAUAAUACAGAUAACACAACGACGCAAGUAGAGGUGGUCAUCGAGCCGGAAUCAAGAACACCGCCGGAAACUAUGACAGUGGAGGAAAAUCCGCGGAAGGAAGAAGAGAGCAAUCAAAAGAGCGUACCUUUGAGACAUGGCCCUCUAGGCCCAGGUGAUCGUCGGGCAAGUCCGCAUCCUCCAGCGAAUCGCAAUUCGCAAUCGGUGAUCCAAAAUCCUGAUUCUGAGGACGAGCUUGAUAGUUCGAGCGACGAGAGCAGGAGACGGUCGAGUCCACAGGUCGCUUACACGCCGUUGGAACUGGACUCCGAUGUCGAAAGUGAUCUCAGUAAUGCCGGGCCUAGAUCGAGAAAACGCGUGCCGAGCAAGGAUUAUGAUCAAACCUCCAACGAUGACGAUCACCUCUCGUCCAAGACCUCCUCCAUAAAACGCCAUUUCCCAAAUCCCGAUCAUUACGAGGAUGCACGGAAGGCCAGUAAUUACAGGUUCCAGAAUCCUGGCUUCCAGGAUGGCUCCUCGAAGACAAGCAGCUUCGAAUUCUCGAAGAGGGGUCAAGAGAGCGAUGCACCUAAACAGGGCGACUUCAACGAAGUUGGCAUACCAAUAGUGGACCCGUUUCCGGACGAGAAGAGCGAUACUAACACGGUGCACUUGAAGGACGUGAAGUCGCUAAUCGAUCGGUACGAGCAGAAUGCCAGCCAGGAAACUUUGGACGAAGAUCAGUUGUCGGUGAAGUCGGCAGAAGGUACGAGGAACCGAUCGGAAAGCAAGAUGGGUAUACCACUGGUGGCUAUGGUUCCUGGCAGGUCGUCGUUACGAGGACAGUCCGCUUCAGCAAUUGACAGCUUACCCGACGUGCAAGACAAGAGUGCGAACUUGCGUUCGGAAAGAAGCGCGACUCACAGUCCGAAGAAUGUCGUCAAAGAAAGCAAACCAACGCAUCAAACUGACCUUUGAUUUUACGGUAGCUGUUACGUAACAGACAAUGCGCGUCGCAUACGUGACCCGCGGUUUCAUGAAUAUUUAGGAGGAAUGAAUAUUCCAUUGGUACAAUUAAACGCGCUAUCAUAUUUAUAUCUAUCAGUGAUAAGAAAUUUUAACAAUUUCAACUAUAAAAGCGUAAUAUUAUCUUUCUGUUACCUGUUCAAAGAAUGUCUGACAUAAGUUGAUGAAAUCUAAAUUGUGCAUGUUAUACAUACUCUUUCAUGAAUUAUUAAGUAUCGUAAUUUUAAGGUAAUUUUAAAUAAUGUCUGCAGAACUGAUAACUUACGACUGAUACAGUUUACUUUCAUUUCUGAAUUUUCCUAACUUUGUAAAUUUCAUUUUCUAAAAUUCAUUUAGAACUUUUCCAGAUUUCUCGUAUUCCCUGGUUAUGCUUUUCUAUAUGCAUAUAUAAAUGUUCUUUGUAAAAUGACGAAAAGUGUGUAUAUACUGAGAUCCAUCGCAUACGAUGUAAUUAUUUUUUUGAUAUUUAUUAUGCAAUUAAAAUGUAUUCUAUAUUAA